AUUUUUCACUGUUCUUCAUAUAAAAAAAAGGUUCUAUGGCAUUCAUUGAGUGAACUAUUGGGUUCGAUUGUAACGUAUCAGCUUGAUUAGCGUAUGGCCAUAGAUAGAACGGCCUGCGGGAGGACAACAAAGCGGAAAAAAAUCGUUGUUUCGGCCACUAUUAUGUUCUUUGAAGAGACUUAAAUACGACGAGAUACUAAGGUAAAUUCAGGCGUCUAUCGUUUAAAGGCAGUAAACCCCGACGGCUUGUGUGGAAAAAGAUUAAUUAGGAGCCGCAGGCGACCUAAUUAAUGACACGACAGAUCUAAAUAGGCUUUUUAUAGAAAGCGAUCUUGUUUUCGGAUCAAAAUGCAAUAUUGAGGAUGACUCUCAACUGCAAGUUGAAAUUGGCUAGCAGAUUAUACGCUGUUAUAUAUAUAUAUAUGUAUAUAUAUAUAUAUAGUAAUCUUCAGUUUGCCCCUGUCUACGUAAACAAAGGUUAAGUUAAACAGGGAAUUCGUUUAAUCUUUAUAACUUGGUGGCCUUAGUAAAAGCCGUGGUAUAAAUUCAGCUUUUUAAAAAACUGGUAGCAUUAUGAUUCCCGCCUGUAAAAGGGACAAUUUUUCCUAAUUCUCAUUUGUCUUCAUCCCAGUUGUAUCUUCUAAAAUAUAGCACUUGGUUUUAUCGUCUACCGCGUAGCUGUUUUUAGACUAUCGAUAGAGUCAUAAUUGUCUAUAAUUUAUUCGAGCAAAAUCUCGCAUAAGGGCUGUUCCAUAAAGAUUUGAUUGCUCACUAGAAUAUGAUCGUUGAAUUUAUGCUAUUUUUUGUGGUUUAAAAAUAAGUGGCAGUUAGGAUGAUCGGAAUUGACGGCUGUCAGUACGGCGUAUGACGACUCCUAAGAAAAAUAUUUAUGUAAUUGUCCUUACUUUUCCAUAAGCAACACAGCUGAUAAUAAUGAACACUGGCGUCUAGUGACGAAUCGUCGGCCGAACCGAGAAAAUGAACGCUGUUCUACCUGCAGAAUUUAACCCUUUACUUGGCCCUUGCUCAAAAACUUAACGCAGAAGUGAACUUUGCGAUCUCUGCGCCACGUAGGGUAAUUAUCCCAUAUCGAGAUUGCCUUUAAUCAGCUAACUUGCUAAGUUUGCAACGUAUACCGAAAAUCUCAUAAGAUUUUGGUACAGUUUGUUCAGAAAGUUCACCAUCAGAUUUGAGUCAUCAACGUUAAAGUGGUGUGUAUUUAAAGCAUUUUUACAAAAGCGAAAAGAACGAUACCUGUGGGUAUUUUCGGAUGAUUAGAUCUUUGGAACACUGUGCCAGUGUCAGGUAUUGUACACGUGCACAUUAAUCCAAAUUUAUUUGUAUAAUAGUUCGCUUAAGUGUGUGCCUUGUUGAUCUAACAGACAACGGAAUACUUUGUCCGGACGGAACGGAAACCUUGUCAUGUCUAUCUAAUUCGUUCGAUGCAGUAUUUCUAAAAUUAAAUGUGUGUGUGUGUGUGUGUGUGUUUUUGUUUCACAUCAACGAAAUCGUAUGCAUAAGAGCGAUUUUCAUCUGUGCAUUUUAUCCCUGAGAUUGCUCUUCCAACUCAGUGUUUUCCCUUGUACCACUGCGCUUCGCCAUCGAUGCACCGUUCUAGUGACUGAAUCGAUAAUAUAAUUCUUUGAACUUUGAUAAUUUUGAUCCGUGAUCAAAGACUAUGCGAUCCCAAUGAGAUGAGCCAAAUAAGGUUCUACUUCAGCUGAGCCUAUGAGUUGUUGGAUUCGAUCUCGGGCGGUCGCUUUCCAUGACAAAACGUUGUUGGCAUACUUUGUUAUGAGGUAAACUAUAACAGAGUUAACUCCAUUGGGGUCAUGACGAACGCAAACCGCGUCGUUCCCAACCGGGCGCAUUUGGCCCAGUUAGAAGUUAGAACACACACAGUGAAGAAGAGAGAGGAGCGGCGUGCAUGUCCUUGAGCCUGCCAUAGUGCUCAAACUGAUUUCCAUUCACUAAACAAGCCAUCAAGAGUGCCCAGUAGCCUUUCAUUGCAGGCUCAUGGACGUCACCUUUUUGGUAAAGCGAGUGAUAUAGCCUGGACCUCUCAGAAAAAUGUCCUAACUGUACUUAGAGCGCCCUUUGCGUGCGAACCUUUUGUCGGUUGUGGAUGACGUACUUCGAUUACUUCGAAGGGAAACUGUACGGUGCGGGGGCUAUCAGGUUGACAAGUCCAUUGGCCAGUAUAUUUAGAAACAACGUGUGAUUUUUUUUCGGCACAUACUUUCGUAGGACGAACGUGUUUUUAUGUGGUAUCAAUAAAUACGAUUAAGUGCUAUGUGCAGCUAAAUAGAAGAUACGAAGCCUGCGUCUGUUACUGAUUUGAUCUGUCCCCCAUUAAAGCCGAGCGGUGGAUUAGCUCGACGAAUAAAUUGGCUGGCCACGUUUGGCUGACCCUGCCUCACGGUAGCGGAAUUGUUUUAUUUAUACAAGUCGAAAAAACGUUGUUUUUACCAAAUCUCAAUGUGUAGACUCCACAUUCGUAUUGAGCUCAGUUUUCGUAUAUUUGUAACAACACACAAACGCCUAGAUAAAGCGACACUAAGCCGUACAGAACCUUUUUAAGCGGUUAUCUAACCUAGUAGACCUGAUAAGGGUCGACAUCGAGAUCACGCCAGUGAUGUCUCGUUCGAGUUCACGUCAGCGUAGUCCAUUUUCCGUCGUCGUCGUCGUUGGUGUUGGCAGUACACAGUUAUCGAACAGAAACCAAUGAUAAGCUAAUAGGUGACAUGGUGUUGUCGUGCUCUAAUGAAGCUACGUCCGUGAAAAGUUCGCCAGAGGCACGGGCCUUGCUCACUCAAAUCACCGGCACCAACUAGGCCAUUUCAAUAUCUGCCAUAAACUCAUUUUCUGUGUCCACUUUGAAGCUAGCGCUCGAUUUAUAGGAUAUUCUCGUUAGGCAUCUUAGCCAUUUAGAAAUCGCUAUAGUCUUAACAUAAAGCCCCGUUAAUAAACUUUUUCGAAUAAUUCCAACUUUUCGAAGCAACGAAGUGCGAGGCGUUUGGAAAUCGGACUGGAUGGAAAAUGGCCAAGAAAUUGCAAAUCUUGAAGAUUGGAUGGCAAUAGAUUGAUCCACGUAGUUGUCUCUUCUCUUCUACUUCGCGUGACGAUUUUCCCCGUGUUCUUGGGGCGUACGCUCAGUUCUUCGUUUUCGUCGGUUAUAAAAGCGUUUUUGACACACUAAGUCUUGUUGGUGCUAGGACCAGUUUCUACAACUGCUGGAUGGAUCUCGACUAUAAUUCGUACUGGCUUAAUGCCAAGAUAAUCAUAUGAAAGAAACUCUGAUUGGACUUGACAGCGAUGCGGCUUUUCUACGGCGCAUGUUGUACAUGUUAGGGCCAGCAUAUGUACAGAGAGAACUACUAAUUCUCUGGAAGCGGCAUUUUGUUUUCGAUAGCUCAAGAUCUGAUUGGCUCCUAUCACGUUUUUGAAGACGGAAUUGGGUUCGACGUAGAUGACGUGCAAGUGGUUGCUAUACGUGCAAGGCCUGGCCAUGCGUCUAUUAUUCGGCUGUUUGUUGUAUUCGGCGGUUGUUUGUUUACGUUUGAGUGGAAAGCACUUUGACGUGUAGCGGGUAUAAUGUGGUAUCAAUCAUGCGAUUGUUUAGGUUUUCACGUAUUCUGUUUGACACGUUUAAGUCUCAGCACGAAGAAGUGCGCGACACUACAUAAAAUAGCAAUAGACAAUAGCCGUUAGUCCUACUGUUUUUCGGGCAUUGAAAUCCGCCUAUCUGAGGAUAGUGCCCAUCGGACUGUGAAGUGCAUCAUAGAAUUUGAGCAAUUGAAUUGCUAAGAGCUCGUAUCGGUAUGUAGUUGUGUCUUUUCGUGUUGGUUACAUCAGCUACGGGUGGACUUAGCAUGUGCUUGUUUCAUAAGAAGACCGGCAAGGUAACAGACAACAACAUUUCGUCUAAAGCAAGUCACCUCCUGUCUGCCCGAAUGAAGCGACUUGGCAGUGGUCAGCCUUUUAUCAGCGUCUGGUCGUCGUCGGCUACCCCCCUAAAGCACGAAAGGAUGCUUGGCCAUCAACCUUGAGACGGUGUCGAACCAAGACUUCCCGAACUUUCCAAACCUGAAGUCCUCAAAUAGACGACUCAACAGACAGCGUUAUCUAUGAAUCUUUUUCAAAGCACAGCUCGUUCGACAUACUCGUUGGUGUCCUUCUAGGAGUGCUUACUAAUGUUAUAUUAUCAACAGCCGCAAGUAUCUCAACACAGGUAGUAUUCCAUAUGACGCGCUCCAUUUUUACCUCACUCUGCACAAUUCUAAGACACGACUAAGGAACGAAAGAGGUUGGCUAAGGACCCAGUUCUAUUUCACUAAAAGAGCAACUAAGUUAAAACAGCAUAGCACGUAAGGCGACAAAAAAAACAACCGUUUUUAUCGGCUCACAGCUUGAGCACAAUUGAGCAGAAAUCGGCAAUGUCUGAAACGAGCACCUCAAUGUCGGAAUCGAGUUCGAAGACUUGCAUGGAUGCUAUAUCUCCAAAGAAAAGACACCCAAAUAUAAUGGCGGGUGAACGAGGCGAUGAAGAUCCUAAUCUCUCAUCCAAAUCGAGUGAACUUUCAGUGGAUCCAAGUGAAACCGAUUCGCUGGUGAAGCUUGCACCUUUGCCUACCGAAGUCAACUCAAGCGGAAGCAGUUCAGAUGCGGCCACCUCGAAGGCUCAGGCCUGUGCAGGUCUUUCUAACUGUGUUUUGGAACUGUGUCCUACUUGCAACCCGGACAGUAGUCUUUCCACUAUCAUUAGCCCGACGUAUAACUGCUGCAAAAACGGCCCACUUCAUCACAAGGAGAGAAGCGCACUGCAUAAGCACAGCAGAGCCGUUCAGGAGUACCUGGAUGACUCAGACGAACCGGACCGUGGUGUGGAUGUGGCCAAUUUCCGGGCCGGUUUCUCAGGGCCGCGUAACUUUACGCUUGUACAAUCGCCCACCCGAGAGGACAAGGCACCCUUGCCGCCAUCAGUUAUCUCGCUUGACUUUCAGCGAGUUUCUAUCACAGGCGAGGACACAUCUGGAGUUCCAUAUGAAGACCUUCUUACAGCUGCCAGUAUGCUUGUUAGUGCCCUCAUUAUGCGGCAUAAAUACUGCAAAGCUUCCCUGCAACGAUUCCCAAAGGUUACGGAGCACUUCAUAUUCGGCGGUUCGAAAACGUCAGAUUACGAGACACCGCCGUGUAAACUGGAACCGGAGUACGUGCACACUGAACCUCAGAAGGUUUCUGAUCCAUGGUGUGUAGCUAGCGGAAUGAAUUCGGCUGGACUUUCGUUUGAAAUGCAUGAUGGUGUCGUGCAGGCAUGUAGCUCAAAGGGUGAGAUCCAGCCAUUCCAGUUUAUCACACUGCAGGAAUUCAUUCGCGAUAUGAAUCUCUUGUGCGCGAUGAUCUCUGACGGGCCGCUGAAAUCCUUUUGUUACCGUCGACUUUCCUAUUUAACGAACAAGUUCUCAAUGCACGUCUCGCUCAACGAAAUGAAAGAGCUGCUCGCCCAGAAGAGCGUACCUCAUCGGGACUUCUAUAACAUUCACAAGGUUGAUACGCACGUGCAUGCCGCUUCGUGUAUGAAUCAGAAACAUCUACUACGGUUCAUCAAGAAGAGGAUUAGAGUGGACGCCGAUGACGUCGUAUGCAAGGAUAAAGUAACCGGCGAGAUGACUCUACGUCAAAUGUUUGAAAAAAUGAAUCUGACAGCAUACGAUUUAAGUGUAGACACGCUUGAUAUGCACGCUGAUCGGAACACGUUCCACCGAUUCGAUAAGUUUAAUGACAAAUACAAUCCAGUUGGUGAAUCACGCCUUCGGGAGAUCUUCUUGAAAACCGAUAAUUAUAUAGGAGGCAAAUACUUUGCUGACAUCAUUAAGGAGGUGAUGUCUGACCUUGAAGAUAGCAAAUAUCAAAAUGCAGAACUUCGACUAUCAAUAUAUGGACGAUCUCGUAACGAGUGGGAUACGUUAGCCAAAUGGGCAUUGCAGCAUAACGUCUAUUCCGACCACGUACGAUGGAUCAUCCAAAUACCCCGUAUCUACGAUGUCUUCAAGGCGAAUAAAAUUGUGGACAACUUCGAACAAUUUCUUACAAAUAUCUUCCUUCCGUUGUUCGAGGUAACAAACGAUCCGUCCAGCCACCCUGAGCUGCACCAGUUCCUCAACUACGUCAUUGGACUAGACUCGGUUGACGAUGAAUCGAAGCCCGAAUAUCCCAUGAUCGACAGAGAAGUUCCACUUCCAGCCUCGUGGUCACACGAAGAGAAUCCAGCCUACGUUUACUAUCUUUAUUACAUGCACGCCAAUAUGGCUGUUCUUAAUCACUUCCGUAAAUCACGUGGACUAGAGACGUUCGUACUGCGGCCACAUUGCGGCGAAGCCGGGCCUAUUCAGCAUCUUGUUGGGGGUUUCUUAUUGUCUGAAAGUAUCAACCACGGACUGCUUCUAAGGAAGGUACCUGUUCUCCAGUACCUGUAUUAUCUGUCGCAGAUCGGCAUAGCCAUGUCCCCAUUAUCGAACAACUCGCUCUUUUUGAAUUACCACCGUAACCCACUUAUUGAGUAUCUCAAUCGUGGGCUCUGUGUGUCCUUAUCAACAGACGAUCCCCUCCAGUUUCAUUUUACCCGUGAACCACUCAUGGAGGAGUACUCAAUCGCUGCUCAGGUCUGGAAGUUGAGUAAUGCAGACAUGUGUGAGCUAGCGCGAAACAGCGUACUCAUGAGCGGUUUCCCUGAACCCUUCAAGCGACACUGGUUGGGCGCCGGCUUCGAGCGGGAGGGCGUUGAAGGCAACGAUGUCAGGAAGUCCAACGUGCCCGACAUUCGCGUUGCCUACCGAUUUGAAACGCUUGUUGAAGAAUUGGACAUGUUUUCUGCAGUAAUGCAAAAAAGACGGGCCGAAUUCAACCAAUAGAAUUAUCCUAAUUAUUAAGAUUUACGUAUCAACCAGUUCACAAUAAUUAUUCUCAUUACUAAUAUGACUUACUGCUUUAAUAUUAGAUAUGAUAGCUUUAGCUCAAUGGCUACAUAUGAUAUAGAUCUCGGUUUGAGAAGCAUUCUACUAAGCUGGAUAUUCUGUAAAAGGUUCACAAAACUGAUCACGGUCAACGACGAGCGAUUUGCCUUAAAUUAUGGCCCGAAUAGGUUGAAUCUAUUGUGUAAUAAUAGAAUUGUAUAAGGUAAAAAGAUAGGUAUCUUAACAUGGAGGGUAUGCUGGGCCGAUACAGCAUCGUGCUUGCCGGAUUGUUGAUCUCGGCAGGCCUCGUAGACUACGAACCUCACCGGCAAAACCGUCCCGCAGCAUGUUGACCAUAUCAGCAGCAUCACCCUUUGGCUGUGACCUGUUUGGAAACUGAAGCAAACGAAUAUCUGUAUUGGAGAGCAAGUUAGAGAUAAAAGUUUAACCAAACGAACCUGAAGGUUAGCAGCGGACGCCGUAGACGAUAAUCGUGAAGGCUCCUCCCAAACGGCCUCGCAUAUGACGACGUACCCACACUGGUCCACGUACAAUCAUCACGCGAUCAAAGACUAUAUUAUCUUAUACAUAGAUAUGUAUAAGCAUAUCAAGAAAGUAUAUGUCAAAAAAAUGAAUAAUAAAGAGAGCUUAUUUAC